AUGUCGAAGCACCUUCAACGCGCAUCUCUCCGCGUUGUUAAUCUUUCAGGCCACGCCUUGGACAAUUCAAUCCGCAUACCAGAUGAAGACUUCGACGAUGGCGAGUAUUCUCCCACACAAGAUAACAAGGAACCUCUCGAAGAACAAUGGAACGAACAACAAGUGUUCCUUACCAGAAAGCUGACUCCCUUACGAGGGCGCACUCUCGGUUUCUUAGAGUCCUCCAGCACGUUUCGUCUUCGCUUCUAUGGCUUCCUUUCUCACCCAUGGACCGAACCUCUGAUACUUUGUUUAAUAAUUCUGACUGCCUGUGUAUUGAUAUCUCAAGCGUCUCACUCAGUCCUUCUUCCCUCGGAUCAGUCUAUGCCGACCUCACUUAAGGGUUUCUUUUUUGCUUGGGAGGAUUAUGUUCUUUUUGGGUUGUUCACCCUAUUCACGUUUGAAGCAAUUGCGCGAAUAUGCGUUUCUGGAUUUCUGCUGGAUCCUGAAGUUCCGAUAUCAGCUUUCUUUGUAAAUGAACCUUCUUCACGCGCCCAUAUCCGGAAUCCCUCACAGCCAACUUUCUUCUCCCGUGCCCUUCGGUCAGACCAAACACCUUCGGACGUGAUCUCACUACCAUUCCGAUUAAACAUCGAUAAUGCACGCGACAAGGUGUAUCGUAAUAUGCCAUACUUGCGCCAAAGCUGGGGAAGAAUCGACUUCAUCGCCAUUCUCAGCUUCUGGUUGAGCUUUGCACUCGCGAUGGCAGGCGUGGAGCGUGGGUCUCAUCAUGUCGCUGCGUUCAGAGCGAUGACUGUGCUGCGAAUAGCAAGACUUCUCGCUAUCACUUCUGGAACUACUACAAUCAUGCAAUCACUGAAGAUCGCUCGGCCGCUACUUACUAACGUGGCAUACUUUGUUGUCUUCGCUGCGGUGCUAUUUUCGAUAAUUGGCAUCCAAUCGUUCAAGGGUUCUUUUCGACGGAAUUGCUAUCUUCAGCCCACCCUCGGAGAAAAUCAAACGCAAAUAUCCCAAUCUUGCGGUGGUUACAUUGAUCCGGGUACCUUAAAUGUCUCUCCUUAUUUACAAUUGGAUGGUACAUCAGCCUCCGCGGCCAAGGGUUAUAUCUGCCCUUUGGGGCAGGUUUGUCAGGAGGGAGACAAUCCAAACAAUGGCAUCCAGAGCUUCGACAAUAUUUAUUAUGCCGCGCUUCAAGUUGUCGUCGUGACUUCAGCCAAUGGCUGGUCCUCGAUCAUGUACUCGAUCAUCGACGCCGAAUUUUUUAUCUCCUGCUUCUAUUUCAUUGUCUGCAUCCUCGUGUUGAAUAUCUGGCUUAUCAAUCUAUUCGUUGCUGUAAUAACGAACUCGUUCUCUGCCAUACGUGCAGAUACACAAAAGAGUGCCUUUGGUGCUGCACCACUAGGACUUGUCGUCGAAGAGCAAGAAGAGGGUUGGUCAGACGGGAAACACAUUUCUCAGAGCAACUCGCUCAAGGAAUUCUACACCCAUACACGCUGGUGCUGGGUAUUUCUGGCUCUCACGUCACUCGUGGUACAAGCCACCGCCAGUGCUGAUAUGAGCGACAUGCAUCAACAGAUACUUGACAAGUCAGAGCUAGCGCUUACAGUGGCCUUCGACAUCGAGAUCAUCAUGCGCAUUGUAGCAGAGCUCCCAGCUUGGCGAAGAUUCUUCCAGCAUGGGAACAACUGGCUGGAUCUUGUGUUGGCUGUGGGGUCGAGUGUUAUUCAGAUUCCGGCUAUUCACAACUCGGAGCUAUACCCCUGGUUGACGAUAUUUCAACUAGGGAGGUUCUACAGGGUGAUUCUAGAGUUCCCGAGAAUGAAACCGCUCAUGGCGAGUCUACUCACGGUCUUUGGGAAUCUUUAUGGUCUAGUGAAUAUGACACUUUUCUUGCUGCUCGUCAACCUCCUUGCCGCGUUGGUCUGCGUGGAGCUCAUUCGUGGUGAUAUGAACGACUCGAUUGGGUUGAAUUUCGGACAGUUGUGGAAUUCGUUCCUCGCCAUGUAUCAGAUCUUUUCCUCCGAGAAUUGGACGAAUGUCUUGUACUCGACAGCAAUUGCAGAGAUUUCCCUGGGGCAGGCGGUGAUCGUGAUUAUUUUCUUAUGCUCGUGGCUUAUAUUUGCAAAUUUCAUCGUGAUGCAGAUGUUCAUCGCCGUCAUUCACGAGAACUUCAGCGUCGCAGAAGAAACGAAGAAGAGUAAACAGGCAUCGGACUACUGGGUUCAACACCACCCACAAAGGGUCACGCACAAUAGUUGGACUCGCAAGUUGAAUCCGUAUCGAUGGAUCAAGGCGGAUCCCGUUCGCGUCAAGGUCGAAAACCUUCCUUCGAACCUGGUCUUACCAAUGCAGAAAACGCUUGUGCAAGAUUACGGGGUUGUUAGACAGCACAACCGAAACGGGGCUGGUGCGAGGCAUCUGCCUUCAAAAUCGUUGACGAUGCUUCAACAACUGUUUUCUGGGACUACGGAUUCUAAUGAUGUGCCGUUGGCGGACUUACGACAGAGCCGUCGUGAGUCGACAGCAGUGCAAAAAGAAGAGACGGAGCGUUAUCUCGAUAUUCUCGCCAAGGCGGGCAACGGCACCGACACGACUGAGAACGACCAUGAUGAGCAUUCCGAGCGGAAGGCGCAGAAGGCGGACUUUAUCAUUGACCACCCGACAUAUGAUAAGACCUUUUGGCUUUUCUCGCAGGAAGAUCGUCUCCGGAAUAUGUGCCAGAAGGUUGUCAAGCCUGCUGGCGGAGAGCGCCUAUUCGGAGCCCCACCCUCCGACGUUGCCCAUACAUUAUUUCAGCUCAUGAUCUUGUUGACUGUGCUUGGUGGUAUCAUCACGGAGGGCGUAGCCACCCCUUUGUACCGGCGCAAUUACUACAUGGAGCACGGCAUGGUACGUGGUACUUGGUUCAACAUCGCCGAGAUUGCGCUCGGUGUUCCUUUGCUAGUCGAAUUCAUUAUCAAGAUCAUCGCCGAUGGUUUCUUGUUCACUCCAAACGCCUACGUCAAGAGCAUAUGGAAUAUCCUGGACUUCAUUAUACUCAUCGGUAUCCUAGUAAACUUGUCAUUCACGCUUAUUUUUGUCAGUGGAUUGACUCGUUUCAUCCACGCACUCAAAGCUCUUCGAGCUCUCCGCCUUGUCACCUUGAUCGAGAAGAUGCGAAACACAUUCGAAUCACUCAUUAUUUCCGGGGUGACUCGUAUCUUGGAUGCCGCCAUUUUGGCGAUCCUGUAUCUGAUUCCCUUUAGCGUUUGGGGCGUCAAUAUAUUUGCAGGAUUAAUGAAUGAGUGCAACGAUACCAGUGUCCAAGGCCUCGACGAUUGUACCAACGAGUUUGUCAACACAAUAUACGGCACUUCUUUCGGAUAUUUGGCCCCUCGUGCCUGGGACAAUCCUUCACCUUCCACGACGUUCUCCUUCGACAACUUUCGAUCUUCGAUGCUCAUUCUUUUUGAGAUUGUAUCGUUGGAGGGGUGGAUUGAUGUGAUGUUGGCCUCGAUGAAUAUUACUGGGAAGAACCAACAACCGCGGGUCGACGCUUCGCAGAUCAACGCUAUUUUCUUCGUCAUCUACAAUUUGCUAGGAGGCGUUGUAAUUCUGACUCUUUUUGUCAGUAUUAUCAUCGGAAACUUCUCAUCCAAGACGGGUUCUGCAUUCCUGACCCAACCUCAACGAGAAUGGAUUGACCUACAGAAACUGAUCAAACGCCAGAAACCGUCGAAGCGUCCUCAGACUCGGCCUACUCAACUGUUACGAGGAUGGUGCUACGACCGUGCGAUCCACAAGCACGGCUGGUGGACGCGAAUGAUGACGUGCUUCUUUGUCGUACAAAUUAUCGUUCUCAUGUUUGUGCCUCUUUCUUUCCUGGUUAGCGAUGAACUCAUUUACGACUUCUCGCUGAUCAUCACAACGAUGUAUGUCGUCGAUAUCGCAGUUAGGUUCUACGGUGUCGGGUGGAGGAGUUUCCGAGCCAACGGGUGGAAUUUGUUUGAUGUUGUGGUGGCCGGCGGCAGUUUCAUCACGACGUUGGUCGUUCGGUUUGGGUAUAUGGGGUUUGCCGUUGAGCAGCUGCAGAAACUGUUCCUCGUCAGUAUCGCGUUCAAGCUCGUGCAGAGGACCAACAGCCUUAAUCAGCUCUUCAAGACUGUCAUGGCGAGCUUGCCCGUCAUCUUGAACCUCCUGGGCCUGUGGUUCAUACUUUUUAUCUUCUUCGCCAUCAUGUACAUGGAGGUCUUCGGCUUGACCAAAUGGUAUUCUGCAGAAACUCACACUCAGAAUUACCAAACCAUGGGUUCGGCGCUCGUGAUGCUCGCAUUCAUGAGUACGGGCGAAGGCUGGAACCAAUACAUGCAUGACUUUGCUCUGGCAUAUCCGCGGUGCACUAUCAACACUAGUGGGCUAGUGGAAACGGAUUGUGGAAGUACCGCUUGGGCGUUCUCCCUCUUCAUCGCUUGGAACCUUCUGAGCAUGUAUAUAUUCGUGAACAUGUUUACUGGAGUCGUCGUGCAGAAUUUCUCCUACGUUUUCCAGUCGACUGGCGGAGCAAAGGCCAUCACUCGUGAAGAAAUUCGUUCGUUCAAGAAAACGUGGGCGGAGUAUUCCAACCCAAAGACUGGGCUGCUCGAACAAAGGCGAUUGGUUCCGUUCCUAGGUAAAUUAAAUGGGAUUUUCGAGGUUCGCAUAUACCCGACUGAGUACUCCGUUCCAUCCAUUGUCUCGACGUGCAAAGACCUCCGGAAGAUUGCGACGAAAGCAGGGACGAAAGUGGAGACGACAUUGAAUCCACGGAAAGUAAACAAGGUACUGAGAAAGGUCGACUUCGACAUUAUAAAACAGCGAAGAGCAGUGUAUUGCCGGCUAUUUCACGAAGCCAGCAUUAUUGACAGCCAUCGCAAAGGCAUCUCGUUCACCGACAUGCUUUUUCUUUUGGCCCACCAUAAGCUGAUUGUGGACCGCGACGCACUAGAGCUGAAGGAUCUAAUCGUGAGACAAGGGACGAACAAACUUGUGUCAGAUUUGGUGAACCUCGACCGUGUUCGUUCUUUGCUGAAAAUGAUAUCACUGCGACGAAGAUAUUUGGCCAAGCGAGAAAUGACACUCAGUGCGCAAAGAGACAUCCCCGCUAUUCAAGUCGACCCUGCACCAUCCACUCCACCCCCAUUAACUCGCGAUAUCACUUCACCUCGUAGUGACCACGGUCGUUUAGACAACAGCCCUUCUAGUCCAACUCCCUCUCCCCGAACACUUGGCCCUUCCCCAGAGCUUAAUGCCUGGGAUCAUUCCUUCCGCAGUAGUCUGCAGCGCUCCCGCAGAACAAGCGAUGUCAGCAUGCUUUCUGCCGACAUGGGUCAUGGUUACUGGAGAGAUAGUUCAUUAGACAUCGGUGAUCAAGAAGGCAUCGUGUCAUCCAUGCAGCGUUCUAUAUGGGGUGGUACGUUAUCGGCCUCUGAGAUCUGA